CUUUUUGAAAAUUGUAAUAGGGCGUGGCUUUGCCUCUGAAGUAAGUUAGGUUUUACCAGCAGAGCGACUAGCUGUAGCUGAAGAGGAUUGUAUUCCAGGUUGACAGGAGGAUCCGUGCAGUCAAUUGGAAGCCAUCCUCUCUCCCAGACCAGCAAGAUGGGUAAAAAGAGCCGAGUGAAGACCCAGAAAUCAGGGACCGGGGCCACAGCUGCGGUUUCUCCGAAAGAGAUGAUGAAUUUAAUCUCUGAACUGCUGCAGAAGUGUAGCAGCGCUGCUCCCUCUCCUGGGAAAGAGUGGGAGGAAUAUGUUCAGAUCCGAGCUCUGGUGGAGAAGAUCCGUAAGAAACAGAAAGGGGUGUCAGUAUCAUUCGAGGGAACUAGGGAGGACUUUUUCUCCGAGCUGAUGGCCUGGGCUGCAGAAUGCGGGGCUUCUUGUGACUGUUUUGAGAUCUCCAACUUCGCAGAUGAAGGAUAUGGCCUGAAGGCUGCCAGAGAUAUCAAGGGAGAGGAGCUGUUCCUGUGGAUCCCUCGAAAAAUGCUGAUGACUGUAGAAUCUGCCAAGAACUCUGUCCUUGGGCCGCUGUACAGUCAGGACCGGAUCCUUCAGGCCAUGGGCAAUGUGACUCUGGCUCUACACUUGCUGUGUGAACGGGCCAAUCCCAGCUCACCUUGGCUGCCCUACAUCAAGACCCUGCCUGCUGAUUAUGACACACCCCUGUACUUUGAAGAGGAGGAAGUGCGCCACCUGCUGGCUACACAAGCCAUACAGGACGUACUCAGUCAAUACAAAAACACAGCGCGGCAGUAUGCCUACUUCUACAAAGUCAUCCAUACUCAUCCGAACGCCAGCAAACUGCCCUUGAAAGAUGCUUUUACCUUUGACGACUACAGGUGGGCAGUGUCCUCUGUGAUGACCCGUCAGAACCAGAUUCCCACAGCAGAUGGAAGUCGGGUCACACUGGCCCUCAUCCCUCUCUGGGACAUGUGUAACCAUACCAAUGGCCUGAUUACUACUGGCUACAAUCUAGAGGAUGACCGAUGCGAAUGUGUGGCUCUCAAAGACUACAAAGAGGGUGAACAGAUCUACAUAUUCUAUGGUACAAGAUCCAAUGCAGAGUUUGUGAUCCACAAUGGUUUCUUCUUUGAGGACAACGCACAUGACCGCGUGAAGAUUAAGCUGGGUGUGAGCAAGAGCGAGCGUUUGUAUGCCAUGAAGGCCGAGGUUCUGGCUCGUGCUGGGAUUCCUGCGUCCAGUGUCUUUGCCCUGCACUGCAGCGAGCCGCCCAUAUCGUCUCAGCUCCUGGCCUUCCUGCGUGUCUUCUGCAUGACUGAAGAGGAACUCAGGGACUACCUGGUGGGCGAUCACGCUAUCAACAAGAUCUUCACCCUGGGCAAUGCUGAAUUCCCUGUCAGCUGGGAGAACGAAAUCAAGUUGUGGACCUUCCUGGAAACACGGGCUGCGCUGCUUCUCAAAACCUACAAGACCACCUCAGAGGAGGACCGCUCCAUGCUGGAGAAGCCUGACCUGUCCCUGCACUCCCGCACUGCUAUAAAGCUACGGCUGGCAGAGAAAGAGAUUCUCGAGCGUGCAGUGUCCUGCGGUCGAGCCAAGCGCCUGCACUUCCAGAAGCAGCUAGAUGAAGGAGCCCCGCUGCCUCUGUACGAAGAAAGCGACAUCGCCCUUUUGGAGAAUGCAGAUGCUAAACUCCCCAUAAUCCUGCGCAAAUUGGAAGAAGACGACGAGCGUGUUCAGGAGGAGAUGAACCUGGCUCAAAUCAAGCCGGACGCUUCCUGCCUGGACUCCUCCAAGACGCCCGUUCUUAAUGGCCAGUGUAAAGAUCUCAAUGGUACUCAAGAGGAUCCUCCAGGAGGUGAUGCGUUGGGGAAAGAGAGUAAGGUUGAGAAGCAAGACCCGAGUACCAUACGAACUGAAGGUGAAUCAAAAGAUGGUGACAAAUAGUCAUAACCAGCGUACAGUGGCAAUCUUAGUUCCUGCUAUUUAUUUAUUUUCGUUUAAGAGACUCACAAAUAGGAGCAAAAGCUUUCUAAACUAAAGUAGUGGAUUUCAGUUUAAUCAUUUUUUUGUUUUGUUUAUUAAAUGCUAUGAGCUAGCUCCAGCUAUAAGAA